AUGCCCCUAUUGAGUACCAGUAACCAAAGCAAGUCCGGAAAAGGAAAUGGAGAUGCCAUGAAGGAGAGCUUCAACGCGACUGUUGAAAAGGUCAAGAGUAACGAGUUCUUGCAAGUCGCCAAGGGUUUGGAAACCUUCCGUGGGCACGAAAGUCUCGCGGGAUACUUUGAGAAGUCAUAUGGAUUUGUCAUUUUUGAGAAGGUUGGCAAGGGUGGUAUUGGCGUUGGUGGAGCCUUUGGAAUGGGAAGUGUUUAUGUCAACAACAAGGACGGUACAGAGACUUUGGUUGGUUACUCUAACUUGAUGCAGAUCAGCGUGGGUCUGCAACUUGGUGGACAGGUCUUUUGUCAAAUCAUCUUCUUUGAAAACGAAGAAGAUCACAAAAGAUUUACCAGUGGAAGUUUUGAAUUUGGAGCUGACGCCCAGGUCGUUGCCUUGACCGCCAGUGCUAGUCUUUCUGCUUCCACAAUGGGAAAUCAGCCACCAGCAUAUGGUGUGCUACCAUCUGGUCGAUCCACAAUCGGGGGUGCGAAAGAGCAGCCAACGUAUGCCAAGGGUUUGGCCGUAUUUACGGUACAACUUAUGGGUUUGAUGUACGAAGCGACAGUUCAGGGCCAAAGAUUUACCUACACCCCUCUUGAAACCACAAUUGUGAACGAACAAAUGGGGUAG